CCAGCAACGGGAACGGAGUCCACUGAAGCUGGGGUUUGGUGGAGGAGCAGCGGCAGAGGCAGCAGCAGCUUCGGCGGUGUCCGGAGCGCAACCAGCCCAGUGAGGCCGGCCACCGGCUCUGCAGAGAACAGCUCCUUCUCCUGUACCAAGAACCGAGCUUGCUAGAAGCCUGUGUGGGCUGCAGCCGAGGAGGUGCGCUCGGUCGCUAGCCUCAAAGAUGCUGCUGGGGAUGCUAUGGUGGGUGCCAGUCCUGCUCGCGCUGGGCGUGGGGAGCAGCAGCAGCAGUGGCAGCAGCCGCCGUCGCCGCCUGCUCGCGGCUAAAGUCAACAAACACAAACCAUGGAUUGAAACCUCAUACCAUGGAGUCAUAACUGAGAACAAUGACACUGUUAUUUUGGAUCCACCUCUCGUUGCCCUGGAUAAGGAUGCCCCGGUUCCUUUUGCAGGUGAAAUUUGUGCUUUUAAAAUCCAUGGUCAAGAAAUGCCCUUCGAAGCUGUAGUGCUAAACAAGACAUCCGGAGAAGGUCGGCUCCGAGCAAAAAGCCCAAUUGACUGUGAACUCCAGAAGGAGUACACAUUCAUCAUCCAGGCCUAUGACUGUGGUGCAGGACCUCAUGAAACCAACUGGAAGAAGUCUCACAAGGCAGUGGUCCACAUUCAGGUGAAAGAUGUGAAUGAGUUUGCACCAACUUUUAAGGAGACCAUAUAUAAGGCUGUGGUGACUGAGGGGAAGAUCUAUGACAGCAUUUUGCAAGUGGAAGCCAUAGACGAAGACUGUUCUCCCCAGUAUAGCCAGAUAUGCAAUUAUGAAAUCGUCACCAGUGAUGUGCCUUUUGCCAUUGACAGAAAUGGUAAUAUCAGAAACACAGAGAAACUCAGCUAUGACAGGCAACACCAGUAUGAAAUCUUGGUCACUGCCUUCGACUGUGGCCAAAAACAUGCAACAGAAAGCGUCAUAGUACAAGUGGAUGUGAAACCUGUCUGUAAACCUGGCUGGCAAGACUGGGCCAAGAGAAUCGAGUAUAAGCCUGGUUCAGGGAGUAUGCCCCUGUUUCCCAGCAUCCACCUAGAAACUUGUGAUGGGCCAGUUUCCUCAAUCCAGAUAACCACAGAACUACAGACUAAUUACAUUGGAAAGGGAUGUGACCGAGAGACAUACUCAGAGAAAUCUCUUCAGAAGUUAUGUGGAGCUUCUUCAGGAGCCAUAGACCUCUUGCCUUCUCCCAGUGCAGCCACCAACUGGACAGUUGGACUUCAGGUGGACAAUAAUGACAUGAUCUUCAAAUUCGAUGGCAAGCAGGGUGCAAAGAUUCCAGAUGGGAUUGUCCCCAAGAAUUUAACAGACCAGUUCACAAUCACCAUGUGGAUGAAACAUGGCCCAAGCCCUGGAGUGAGGGCAGAAAAAGAAACCAUUCUCUGCAAUUCAGAUAAAACUGAAAUGAACCGACAUCACUAUGCCCUCUAUGUGCAUAAUUGCCGCCUUGUCUUCCUUUUGCGGAAGGACUUUGACCAAGCAGAUACCUUUCGACCAGCAGAAUUCCACUGGAAGCUGGAUCAGAUUUGUGACAAGGAAUGGCAUUACUACGUUGUCAACGUGGAGUUUCCUGUGGUCACCUUAUACAUGGACGGCACAACAUAUGAGCCUUACCUCGUGACAAAUGAUUGGCCCAUUCACCCAUCACACAUAGCCAUGCAACUCACUGUUGGCGCAUGCUGGCAAGGAGGCGAAGUCACAAAACCACGGUUUGCUCAGUAUUUCCACGGCAGCCUGGCCAGUCUCACAAUCCGCCCAGGAAGAAUUGAGAGUCAGAAAGUGAUUUCCUGCUUGCAGGCCUGCAAGGAAGGUUUGGAUAUUAAUUCCCUGGAGAGUCUCGGCCAAGGAAUAAAGUAUCACUUCAAUCCUUCCCAGUCAGUUCUUGUCAUGGAAGGAGAAGACAUCGGGAAUAUAAAUCAGGCUCUCCAGAAAGUGUCCUAUAUCAACUCCAGGCAAUUCCCCACCGCAGGAGUCAGGAGGCUCAAAGUGUCAUCAAAAGUCCAAUGUUUUGGAGAAGAUGUCUGCAUUAGCGUUCCAGAUGUGGAUGCCUAUGUGAUGGUGCUGCAAGCCAUAGAGCCCAGGAUCACCAUUAGUGGAACAGACCACCUUGUGAGGCCAGCUGCCCAGUUUGAAAAUGCCAGAGGGGUGGCUCUCUUUCCUGAUGUCAAGAUUGUGAGCACCCUUGCCAAAGCAGAGCCACCAGGAGACUGGAAGGAGGAAGACCAAGCCCCAAAGCAUGUGCUCUUAGAAGAGAUGCUCCACAACCUGGACUUCUGUGACAUUUUGGUGAUGGGGGAAGAACUCAAAUCUGGACAGGAGUGCUUAGAGCUAGACUACGGUGAACUGCAGGAAAGACAUCUGGAUGCUACCAACUCCACAUCAGGUUAUUCUAUCUAUGGUGUGGGCACAAUGAGCAGCUAUGAGCAGGUCCUUCAUCAAGUCCGCUAUCGCAAUUGGCACCCAGCCAGCCUGGAUGAUAGAAAGUUCCAGAUCAAGUGUUCUGAGCUCAAUGGACGCUACACUAGUAAUGAAUUUAACUUAGAGGUGAAUGUUCUGCAUGAGAUCAACCCAGACACAGAGCACGUCAACCACAUGGUUGUGCAGCCUCAGUUCCUCCAGUCCGUCCACCAUUCAGAGCCCGAAAUAAGUAGCAUGCGUAAUUCAGUCAUUCCCAGCAUUGCUACGGUGGUCAUAAUUGUCUGUGUUGGAAUGCUGGUAUUUGUUGUAGCCAUGGGUGUAUACCGAAUCCGAGUAGCACACCAGCACUGCAUACAGGAGAGUGAAUCAUCUAAAGAGAGUGAAAUGGAUUGGGAUGAUUCUGCACUUACUAUCACGGUCAAUCCCAUGGAGAAAUAUGAAGAACCUGGCCAUGUGGACGAGGAAAGUGAGGAAGAGGAGGAGGAAGAGGAGGAAGCAGAAGACAGUUCCAGUGAUGACUCAGAUGACAGUGAGGAAGAGGAGGAAGAGAUUGGCAAGGGCAGAAGUGGGCAGAAUGGCCCCAGGCAAGCCCAGCUGGAAUGGGAUGAUUCGACACUCCCUUACUAGACUAGCCCAUGGUCCCAGGUGUAUCCCUUUUGUAAACACCAAUACAAUGUAUUCCUGAGUCCAGUUACACAGAGACUAUGAAUUUGAUGACAGGAUUUGGAUAGCCCUGCUUAGCCCAGCUUCAUAAAAUGUCUUGACCCUUUGCUCCUAGGGGCUGAGAAAGCCCAGGAAAGCACAGAUGACCCAGAUAAGUCCCACAUUGUCAGUGAGAGCUCUAGACUUAGCUUGACCAUCUCUUCUCACCAAAAGCCUCUCUCCAUUUCCUACGGGCUCACCAAAUCCCUGUCAUUCAAUCCAUAGAGUUUUGCCUUUGCUAUUUUUUCAUAUAGAAAGGUUCUCCGCUUCUGAUGUUCUUUAUUUCUGCCAGGCCAAAUGCUCCCUCUUGCCCUGUGUGUCUGACUAAGGAUUCUACUUUGAUCACAGUCCAGCAUUGUGAUUGGGUGAGUGGCAGUGGGUAAAUUACGCCCAUGGUUGCCUCUUCUUACCUCUUUGAAAGGCCAGUGUUUUAUGCAGAAAGGUUGUUUGAACAUCAUAACCCAAGUUUAUAUUGUUAAGGAGACAAGAUACACUUAUUAUAAAGGGAUUUUUGGGGGGGUGAGGGAGGGAGAAGGAGGAAGGUAUUACCUACCAUCUUCUCUCCAGGGCCUAUGUUAGCUUCUACAGAAUAUCAAUAACAAAGGAUCAUUGUUUAUUGUUGGUCAUGGGCAGUAGAGCUGACCUCCAGCCAUAGAUGCAAGACCCUACAUUGAGCAUUCACAGAUCUGUGGAGUUGUAUUGCUGCAGAAUCUGACUGCAUAAUGCUACCCCAGUGGGGAACCAUGGGUGCUGAGACCACUGUUUCUACAGAUUAGAAUUUAAGGAAGAUGGGAAUGAAAACAAAAUCUAGGCAAGAGAAAAUGUUUCAUUUUGCCUGCUGUAGGAUUACACAACAACAGCUAGGAUUUAUAGGGAGGACAGAGGUGAGGAAGGUGGCCAAUAAAAUAUGAUUGCCUGUUGGUUGGGCCAUUAUCUUUUCAGCCAAAUGGUGGCACAGAAUUUUGAAAAACACAUCACCCAGUAAAUAUACUCUCCUUUGUAUCACGGUCCCCAAGUCACCUUAUCUCCUCUUUCUUGCUGCCUUUUCUUUUGAUAAGUGGGCUUCUCAAAGAAUAUUAGGACAUGGAUUGAAAUGCCUGGAAUUAAAAAUGAAAGCUUAGAAAUAUAACAGCUUAUUCCUCCCCACCACCACCACUCUGCCCAAAAAAAGUACCAAAAAUUAGGAAGAAAGCAAACACAACAGUACAACCUGCUAAGUCUGGGGGGUUUUUUCUCCCUCUCUUUUUUUUAAUGUAAUGAAAUCUUUUUGAUCGCCAACAUAUCACAGACACCUAGUGAAGCAACUGUUGCCAUGGUAACUAGUCUAGAAUCUUUUGUAGCCAACAGAAUAGCAAGUGUGGAUAUGGAAACACUGGUUGACAACCUAGAAGACUCCCUAAGAACUUGAAUUUUGGUUCAUUCCCACUACUUAGCUUUUGCUUUCUCCUCUCUCCCCCUGCCACUAUGUUUUCAAUCUUAAGUGAAGCUUCCCAUCAUCCUCUGCCCCUUACAGAGAGGCAUCCUGAUAGGUUCUGUAUGGGAGAAAAAUGAUCAAUUAACUUUUGAGGUUUAGAUUUAAAGACUAGCCAAGGAUCUUUUCUGGUUAUGGUGUCUAUACCCUUCCUGAAAUAAACUACAUUUAAAAUUUUUGAAGUUUUUAAAGGUCUUCUAGGGCAUCCACCAAUGCCAAGAUCCCUAACAAUAGAUCUCUAUGAUCUUCUCACAAAAAUUUGGGUUUAUUAGGACAAGUCUGUGAACAAAAAGUCACCACCACCAUACUAGUAUGGCACCUUGAAUCUUGCAAAGCAUUUUUCAUGUCCAUUAUCAGGCAGGUAUUUCCAUAUUCCUACCAUUUUACAAUUCAGGAAAUUAGACUGAAGUUAGAAAUUGGUGACUUGCCCAAGGUCACCCGGACCUAAAAUGCUCAUCUCUUCACUCUCACCUGGCUCUCUUUAUAUCACAGCACACUUUCUAGGUCUGGCUGGGCACCAUUGACAGCUCCUAGAUCAGAUGAGAUAAUAUUUAUAAAGUGCUUGAAUACAUAGUACCUGGCCCAUAGUAGGUACGUAAUAAACAUUUGUUCCCUUCCCUUCCCCUUCUUUGAGAAAAUCCUUUGGAAGAACAGAAAGAUUGGGUUUCAAUCUCCAUUAAGUAGAAAUAGACCCUUCUAUUUUAAAAGUGCAUAAUAACCACAUAUUCAGGUCUGAUCUAGCAGGAGGUGAAUGGGGAGGGGGAGAGAGGAAUCUAUAAAAGUCAUUCUAUCCUUCCCAAUGAAUUAUUUGGAGACAAAUGGAUUCAAAUACAACUGAAUUCUGAAUUUUCCAGCAAGUAAAAUGAAUAAAUAAUAACUUUAUUUUUAAAAA